GAGGGCUGAAUUUUAGAGAUAGGAAAGACUCGGGGUACCCCAGAGCAGGGAGAGUCCAGCUGGGCGAGGAUAUCCCAGGGAAGGGUGAAUGCAGAUGUCUCCUGGAAUAAAGAAUUCAGGACCGGAUCUCGGAUGUUGAAGCCUGUAGCAGCAAAUAGCAAGCGGACUUGGGUGGGGAACAAAUCACUUCCUCCUGCCUCGCGCCCUCCCUAGCCCUGCAAGGAGAGGGCGUGCACCGCGAGCCUUUGGGCGGGGACAGAGAUGACUGGCAAGAUCAGGCAGGCUGAGCGUCCCGGGUUGGGCAGCGGGGUCCUCCGGGGUGUGGCGUCUCUCAUCCCGCCCAGCGCCCCUCCUCUUCCCGCGCCGGCCGGUGGUCGUUCUAGUCUCUUUGCUUCUGUCGCUCAUCGCAGACACCAGCCGACCCACCGGCUUUCGGACCAUGGCCAACCUCGAGCGUACCUUCAUUGCCAUCAAGCCAGAUGGCGUGCAGCGCGGCCUGGUGGGCGAGAUCAUCAAGCGAUUCGAGCAGAAGGGGUUCCGCCUGGUGGCCAUGAAGUUCCUUCGGGCUUCUGAAGAGCAUCUGAAGCAGCAUUACAUUGACCUGAAAGACCGUCCUUUCUUCCCCGGGCUGGUGAAGUACAUGAACUCAGGGCCCGUAGUGGCCAUGGUCUGGGAGGGGCUCAAUGUUGUGAAAACAGGCCGAGUGAUGCUGGGAGAGACCAAUCCAGCGGAUUCUAAACCAGGCACCAUUCGGGGGGAUUUCUGCAUUCAAGUUGGCAGGAACAUCAUUCAUGGUAGCGAUUCAGUGGAGAGUGCUGAGAAAGAGAUCCGUCUAUGGUUUAAGCCGGAAGAACUGAUUGACUACAAGUCUUGUGCCCAUGACUGGGUGUAUGAGUAGACGUGGAGGAACCAGUCCUUUUCAGCACUACUGAUGGGUUCCUGGACACAGCUCUUUCUCCCACUGACUGGAUGGAUCUUUUCUAAAACAAUAAAGACUCUGGAAUUGGG